CAUUUCCAAAGCUUUAAAGGUUCUUCCAAGUCCCAGACCUGAAAACCCAACGAAGGGUAGUUCUUGAUUCCUACACUGGCAAGAAGCCAUGGCUUCCAAGCUCGCCACUCCACCCACAGUCAUGACUUCUCUCCCACACUUCAGUGGCCUCAAGGCCCAACCAUCCAUGGUGAUGCUGCCACCGACCAGGCAACGGGGAAAAGGAGCUUUGGGUGCUCGCUGUGGCUUCAUUGGCUCACCAACAAACAUUAUAAUGGUGACCACCACAACCUUGAUGCUGUUCGCCGGGAGGUUUGGAUUGGCACCAUCGGCUAACAGGAAGGCGACGGCAGGGCUGAAGCUCGAGGUGCGUGAAUCCGGGCUGCAGACCGGCGAUCCGGCCGGAUUCACCUUGGCUGAUACCUUGGCAUGUGGGACAGUAGGCCACAUAAUGGGCGUUGGAAUCGUCCUGGGUCUCAAGAACCUGGGCAUCAUAUAAAAGAAAGUGCCUCUCCUUCAUGAUAGUUUUUCUAUAGAUUGGCUGGUGUACACAACUUCUUUUAAUGCAAAGAACAACUACUUAUCUUGCUAUUUUGCAAAUGAGCUGUAAAUUAGUUCUUUCAUCAACCGGAGGUUCCGACCAGAAA